CCCGAAAAUCCAAAAAUGCAUGAAAUAAAAUUUACAAUAUCGAUACUUUGGGUACAUCGUAGCUUUCAAACAUCCUUAGAUGAAAUAAAUCUGUCAGACUGUCAGAGCUGCUGUAACCUUUGGUGUCAGCCAUAUUUUUCCCACUUUUAUAGUUUAAAAUUCUUGCAUAAAGAAACAUAUAUAGAAAGCAUGGCCGGAGACAAAGUCAGCACUUAUGUGAAGCCACAGCUGCGAGGCCUUCUUGCAAGUCAAAUUAAAGUCAACCUGGGAGUUGCCGUUGUUCUGUGCACAGCUGCAGCAGUCGCAACCAAGAUAUUGGUGAAUGAUAGGAGGAAGGAAAUCUACGCCAACUUUUAUAAGAACUAUAAUAUUGACAAGGAAUUUGAAACCAUGAGGAAGAAGGGAUUGUUUGACUCCUGCUGAACACUUAAGCGAUUCCAAUAGAAAUAUGUAGAUCUUACUCUUCAACACUAGAAAUCUCAUGUAAUCGAAUAUCAACCUUCUGGUAGAUGAACAGCAAUGGUUUUGUGUUAAAAUUAAAUUAUUCCAAUGUAAA